AUGCAUAAUUAAUAUAAUAUACUUUAAACAAAGUAGAGUUUGACUUACAAGUAAUUUUAUGAAAAAAUUCUGUGGUUAUUUGUUUAAAGUUUAGAAUAUGAAAAAAAAUUCAAAAACAAAAGCAUUUUGUUUGGUUGGCAUAGGAUUGCUAUAAAUUUUCUGCGGUGUUUUUACUUUGUAAAAUAUGAGAUUAUUUUAAGAGAAAUGGAAUAUAGGGAAUAAGUAGUUUAGAAUUAAAGAUAAGGCAAAGUGGAUGAAUAUUUAUAAAUACCUACUUUCUUAGAUGUUGAGAGAUUGUGUAAAGAGAGCUCUAUAAUAUUAACAAUAAUAUUAUUUAUUGGGUUUUGUUUUCCAUUUGCAUACUUUAUUUUGGGAGUGAUGAGCAGCUAGAAAGAGAAAAAUGAGAAAAAUCAACCAACUUGUUUGAAAGUAAAUAUAAUUUUUGCAUUUAGCUUUAUACUUUAUUUAUCGAUAUUUAUUACUGGUGCUUAUUCUAGCCCUUUAUUUAAGCUUAACUUGAAGUGUUGUUACUAAAUAAUUAAAUUUUGGAUUGGAAUGAACUGUUAAAGGAAAACUAUAAUAAUGUUGCUUUGUUGUUUGCAAUAUCUAUAAUUGGGUUGUUCUUAAAUAUAAUAAUGGUUCUAUCGAUAUUGCUUUUUUUUUAUCAAAAUGUUCAAUUUAGAAUAGAUUUAUUAAGUUGCAGUAAUAGGUAGAUCAUGUUAAAUGUUUGUAUAUUGAAAACAACAAUAGCCAUAUUAAAUAGCAUUCAUAUUAAAUCUAUUCCUCAUUAUGUAAUGUAAAUUAGAAAUAUUAGGUAUCAUAUUUGAUUAUUUUGAUAUUGGUGGUUUUGAAAUUAUUGGAAAACUAAUUUUUUGGUAAUUAGAAGCCAUCAUUUUAUUAUUAUAGGAUAAAUUAAUUUUAUUAGCAUCUCAUGUUUAGUUUAUUAGGUGUUUUGUUAACAUUCCUCAUAGAACUUUUGGUUUUAUAUUUAAAUCAUGAGGUUAAUGAUUUCUUAUGCAUAAUAAUAAUAUUUGUAUUUUUAAAUACUUUGGGAAACAUUUUUUAAAAUAAAAUAUUACUGUUUUAUUUAAUGUAAGAGAGAAUAUCAAGUUAAUUAAUAUUGAAUAAAAUUUAUUAUUUAUAUUAAUUAAAUGCUUCAUCGUCAGGAGAUAAUAAUUAUAUAAUAAUAGGAUUGAUUGAGAAGCAUCUUAAAAAAGGAUGUAAUUCAAAGUUGGAAAGGAAAUAAUAAAAUUUUGAUUAAUAAGGUGAUCCUCUAAUUGAUAACAAUUCAAUAGGAUAUUGUUUUUGCUAAUAACAUUAAUUUUACGAUGCUAGAAGAGGAGUAUUUGUAAAUAGUUAAAAAUCAAAGGUAUAAUAACAUUAUAAAUCAUUCUUCCGAUUUGAAAUUAAAUCUUUGUAUGAACAUUGUUUAAUUUAAAACAAAAAUAAUCACUAGAUGAGAUUAUUAUAUGCAAGACACUUAUUUUUUUCAAUUCAAAAUAAAUCAUAAGCUUUAUUGCAGAUGUCUAUUUUAAAAUAAAAGUUCAAUAAAUUAUCAUUUUUUGAGAAAUUAGAUUUUCAAUUGAUGCUAAUGAUGAUGGAAAAUAAAAUUAAGAUUUAGAAUACGAAUAGUUAUCGUAAUUAUCUAGAUUUCGAAUAUGUGAUUGAAGUAGAGAUGAUUAUCAAGAAAAUAAAAAUCAAGAUAGUUGAUUUAAUUUAGAACUAUUUGAAAUAUUGGAAUAUAGUCAAUUUAGAAAAAGUAGAAGAAUCAGAUUUACUUAAAUUAGACAAUAAGAUAUAAAUUGGAAUCUAUGAAUGCGAAAAGCUAUGGUCCAAAAUUAAUCAUUAUAAUAAGGAAUUUGAUGUUUAAUAAAAUGAAAUAAAAUAUCUAAGUAAAAAACCAUAAUGGGAGUUGCUAUAUUUAUGGUAUAAGAGAUACAUUCUAAAUUAAAAAAUGAAAGGUUAAGUUGUUGAUUAUCACCCAACAAGCAAUUUUUAAUAGAAUUAUUGUGAUGAGGAUUCAGAUUCUGAUUAUGAAAAUCAUUUUUUGCAGGCUUUUGAUCCUAAGAAGGUUUUCCAUUCGAUGACAUCCAUUAUCUUUGCCAAAGAAAAUGGAAACAUUGUUAAAUUUAAUGAAUAUUCAAAAUAGAUCUUUGGAAUACAAGGACUAAUUAACAUAAAUUAAAUCAUUCCUAAUUCAAUGAUUCGAAAUCAUAUGUUAAGAGUAAAAGAAUUUGUUGAGAAAGGGAAGACAAGUUCUUUGUAUGCAAGAAAAAAAGUACUUAUAUAACACCAUAAUUCAUAUCUUAUUCCUGCAAAUAAAUACUUAAAAAUAUCCAUUAACUAAUUCAUGUUAUUAGAAUUUAUUGUAAUGAUAAGGCCAAUUCAACAUGAAUCAUCAGGCAAUUAUUUAGUUAUUAAUGAGGAUUGGGAAAUAGUUUAGGCAACCAGAUAGUUAAAGAAUAUCUUUGAAUAAUAAUUCAAUCUUUUAUUAAGUUGUCCUAAACUAUUACUAUAUUCUCAAUUUCAAAAUCUCCUUGAAAAAGAUGAUUAUUAGCUUUUUCAAAUUUCAACCAAUAAACAUUAUGGUUUUUCCAAAUAGCAAACUACUCAGAGUGAUUUAUAAAGUAUCAUUUUUGAUAUCAUUAGGAUAAAAAAGUAUGCUUAAUGAUAAUGUAUUUGAUGAAGUAGAUUAAGAUAAAUAAUUUACUGAACAAUUUAUAAAAGAACACGAAGACGAUUUGGAUGAAAGAUAACGACUAUUGAAUUCGAAUCUUCAAAAUCAAAAUGAGCAAUACUUUUAAAUUUUGAUUAGAAUUCCAAUGUUGUAUUAGCGGAUGCAAGCAGAAUACUUUAAUUUAAUAAUUAAUGCUGAGAAAGAGAAUUUUUAUGAUUAUCCAGAAGAUUCUAUUAUGAAAAAACAAAGUAUUAUUAUAAGAAAUGGAAGAAAAAAAAUUGCUUUUAAUUUUAAAGUUUUAGUUGAGAAAAUCAACUUUUUAAAAAAAAUACGUUUAGUUUCUUAAUUAGAAGUGUAUAGUAUAUAAUUUUAUUUAUAAAGGAUAUCUUUAUCGGAAAUAUUUCUGUAAAGCAGACCAAUUAAAAAAAGUCAUUAGAAUAGAUGCAAAAAUUAAAGUUGAAUAAAAUUAAUUAAUUGAUAAAAUUUAAAUAAUAAAAAUCAAUAGAUUUGAGACUUUCAAUAAUAUUAAAUCUAAAAGACAAUCAAUGUUACUUAAAGGUGACGUCAAUAGAAAAACACUAAGAAUAAAAUUAGAACCAAAAUAAUAAUAAUUCUAAAAAUAAAUUUCAUAACAAUUUACAAAUUUGCCAUCUCUUAAAGAUAUUAAAAAUCCUUCAAGUGAGAAUGUAUUAAAUAAUUCAUGCAGAUGUUUAAUCAAUGAAACCCAAAUGAAAAAUGAUUUUAACGAUUCUAUAGCCUAAGAAAUUUCAAUAAAACCUGAUUAAAAUAUAUUUAUAAAGGAGGAUCAUAACAAAAUCAAAAAGCAUCUUAACAAGAUUAAUUAUUUCAAAUGGACAAAUAGAUAUUUUAUGGUUGGGAUGAUCUUUCUUACAAUGCUAUCAUUUUCAUAUGGACCUAAUGUUAGUUACACCAAUUUAUUCCUCUUAAGAGUAUUUUUUAAAUUAUUAUUAGGCUAAUUCGAGUUACUCUUCGGUACUUGUAGCUUAAGACGUUUCAAUCCUUUAUAAUCAGUUAAUUGAUAUGGCUCUUUGUAAUUAAAAUGCCACAUUAUGCUCUAAUAUAAUUUAAUAUACAAAUAUAAAUGAUAAAUAAGAACUAUUGGAAUAGAAAGUUUUCUUAGAUUUGCAGAAUGUUAAUUAGAGUUUCAACUAAUUUUAUAGAGAUAAAUAGAAUAUAUAAACCAUCUACUCAACUAUUAUAAUUAGGCAUGAUAAUGAAGUCCAUUAAUAGAAUUUAUUAGAGGAUAUAAAAAAUUUUUAAGUGUUAUUAGAAUAGUUCCUGAUUUCAAACCUAUCAUAAAUAACUUUUGACUUUGAAUAUUAUGAGAUUUUGCAAGAGGAUUUGAUGCCAGGAUUAUUCGAAAGUUUAAGUUAAAUUCAGAUCGACCUACUUGAUGAAAUUUAUAAGGAAUUUGAUUUUAGAUCAGUGUUUUUUUUGGUUGAUAUGAUAUCUGGCUUUAUGUUUUUAGGGACAUUAAUGGCAAUUAAUUUUUUUAACGUGUUUAAAAUAAUAGAUUAUUAUCAAACUAUGUAUAGUCAAAUACAGUAUUUUGAUUAGCCUACAAUCGAAAGUGUAAUAAAAUACUAUUAAAAACUUAGAUAAUAUUUUAAUUACUUUAAUGAUAUUCACACAUAUUAAACCAAUAGUAUAUAUUUUAAUUACUAAUUAUAGAUUAUAUUUCAUUUUAAUCAGAAGGGUUUAUAAAGGCUGAAGCAGAUUAUAAAAUGACAAUGGCUUUAAAAACCACUAAAUUUAUUGUCUCAGAUUAUUGGUUUAAAUUAAAGUUAAGAUUGAUGCUAUUAUACUUUAUAUUUAUGUUCCUUUUGAUUGUGAUGGCUCUAACUUACAAUAUUUAUAUGCAAAAAUAUGCCUAUGAUCUGAAAAUUGAAAUAUCUUAGAACCCUUUUCUUUUUGAAAAUACUAGUCCAUGGGCUUUUACUUUUUCUAAAGAAUUAUACAUCGAAUCAUUUUAUGAUAUUCAUAAAAUAAUAUCAAAUGAAUAUCAAGAAUACCUAGAAUAGUUUGUUGUAGAUGCGUUAGAUACAAAUUCUAACAGGCUUGAAUCAAAAUAAUCAUUAAUUGACGAUUACUAUUAUUCAGAUAUUUGCAUCUUACUUAAUUUUUAGAAUUCAAAAGAUUGUUAAAAUAUUGUGGAUGGAAUAUUAAAAAGAGGAUUGCAACAAACUUAUUAUUAGAUAGCAACUCUUUUUGAGAGUCAACUUGAUGAAAACAAGACGAAGUUUACAGAAGUAUCCUUUGAUUCAAUCUAUAAUUUAAAUUUGGUAUUUAUAAAUAAUUAUUAGUUAUAACCUUAUAUAUUUGCCAGUCGAAAAGAUAUGUGGACAAUUUGGAUCAAUAAGUUUGAAGAGAUUUUUUCUUACUAUGUAACCACAGAAACACAAUUAAUGUAAAUAUUUAAUUUAUAAAUAGAGUUUGUUUCUAUGUUUUUUCCUUUUUGAUAUAUUUGACUACUUUGGAACUGUACUACGAAUAACAAUUGAGGAUAGAUUAUUAAAAAGCAAGAGGUUAUUAUAAAAGAUAUUUCCCAAAUAAUAUAUUGAAUGAAUAAAAGAGAAUAAAAGCAAUCCUUAAGAAAUUAUCUCUAAUUGGAUGA